UCGGGUCCAAUGAAACAGAGACAUCAAAGUUGGAGAAGUUUUGCUGCUAGUUAACAUUUUAAACUUUUAUUUGUAAAAAUAAUCGGGUUAUAUUAAAUUAAUGUUUACUCAAACUUGUCAAAAAUGAAAGUUAAACUAGUCUUCUGGAUGUCUGCUGUGGCUUUACUGGCAGCUGCAGCAGCAGCAGAAGCAGACAUGGUGGACAUACCAGGAGGACACAUGUUAAUGGGAACCAGUGCAGCUGAUGGGAGAGAUGGAGAGAGUCCCAUCAAAGAGGCUGAAAUGCAGCCUUUUAAAAUAGACAAAUACCCUGUCACCAAUGCUGAUUUCAGAGACUUUGUGAGAGCGCAGAAGUACAAAACUGAAGCAGAGACAUUUGGCUGGAGUUUUGUGUUUCAGGACUUUGUGUCAGAAGAGCUGAAGAGCAAAGUCACACAGAGAAUAGAGUCCGCUCCUUGGUGGUUGCCAGUAGAACGUGUCUUUUGGAGACAGCCUGCAGGUCCUGGUACAGGCAUUCGAGAGCGCCUGGACUUCCCGGUGGUUCAGGUGAGCUGGAAUGAUGCUCAGGCGUUUUGUCAGUGGAAGGAGAAGAGACUGCCGACGGAGGAGGAGUGGGAGUGGGCUGCACGUGGAGGGCUGCAAGGUCGGACUUAUCCAUGGGGAAACAAGUUCCAGGCCAACAGAACCAACCUGUGGCAGGGGUCGUUUCCAGAUGGAGACACUGCAGAGGAUGGAUACCACGGUGUCGCCCCCAUCACAGCCUUUCCUCCCCAGAACAGUUAUGGUGUGUACGACAUGAUGGGGAACACGUGGGAGUGGACAUCCACCCCCUUCCCAGGAGCAGGACCAAUGUACGUGCUGCGUGGGGCCUCGUGGAUUGACACAGCGGACGGUUCAGCCAAUCACAAGGCACGAAUCACGACCAGGAUGGGAAACACUCCUGACUCUGCCUCUGAUAAUCUGGGAUUCAGGUGUGCUUCCAGCAUCAAGCAGAAGCAAGGGAAGAAAAAAGUCAAAACAGAACUGUAGCAACAAACAGGAAGUUCAACAUAUUCACUGAAGGACAAUAAUGUUCAUUUGAACCAACGCAGAUUCAAAUGAUGUUGGUGACUUUCAAGUUGACAAAGAAGCAGAAAAAAGGAGAGGACCAAUUAAAUAAUAUGAAAAAAAAAAUGAUAUUAAUGAAAUAUGAUGGCAUGAAGAUGUGAGUGUAGAAACUCUAUUUCUCCUGUGGAGAACUUAGAUUUUUUAAUGAAUUUGUUUAAAAAAAAAUACUAAUACCUAACUGAAAACUCAAAAAAUAAAUAAUUGUCCAGAAAAUGUUCCUUCUCACUUAGUUGUCCUAAAGAUGAGUUUUUGAUUUCACCCCAAAGACUUGUGGGAAUGUUUGUUGACUAAUUUCACUGAAUGAAAGAAAUAAGACAGUGUUUGUCAGCACUGGUGGUCCUCCCUCCACAUGCUGGGAUCUCUCUUUCUGUUGAGUGUUUUAUGUGACUGGAGAGUAAAUUGGUCUGUAGUUUUGGUCACACUCUCCUCUGUUAAUCCCCUCUUUGUCUCUUUGUUUACUUUCUCACCAGUGAGUGGUGCUUUGACCUCAUUCUCUUUAACACCACAGAUAAGAAGUUUGGUUUUAAGUAUCAAGUUUCUGUAGAAACCAAAAACUGCUCUCAGGACGGAAGAAAUCAUCAAGUACUUUAGAUCUGAUCACUAAUUUGAAACAGACAUAUUUGAAAUUAAAUGUGGACUUAA